AACUUCAUAAACCUCUUUCUGUGUGUGUGACAUUGCAGGUACUAAAUAUGGAGUCUAUCGAGCAAGGAAGCCAGGAAAAAUGGAAGGGGAAGGCCAUAGCAGAAGUGAAAGGAGUGAAAGCAGAAAAAGUUUGGCCUCUUUUGGAGGAUUUCUUCGGCCUGAGCAAGUGGUUUCCCACACCGAUGUGCAUUCCCGUUGAAGGAAUCUCCGGAAUACCAGGGUGUGUGCGUUUCUGCGGUGGUUUCAAGACACCGGUGGACGAUGAUGCCAAAAAAUCUGUGAACUGGACCAAGCAGAAGCUGUUAUCCAUCGACCCUGCUCGGUGGACUUUUACCUAUUGUAUUGUGGAUAGCAACGUUGGGUUUCACUCCUACCUUGCAACCUGGACAGUGAGGCCAACCGCUGAAGGGUGUGAGGUUGAGUGGCUCUACGAAGUCGAACCGGUUCAAGGCUGGACACUUGAAUAUCUUGAUUCCUUCAUAGACAAAGGCUUGCUUGCCAUGGCUAAGAACAUGGAACAAGGUUUGAAGACCAUGGAAGAAGCACUCAUGUCCCACAAGUAAAGGACAAACUUAGAUACUGUUAUGUUUGUGCUGUUUUGUUGUUGUUGUUUUUUUAUCAAUAAAUAUUAAUAAUUAAUAUUUUAUUAGUUAAAGGUUUAGCUCAUAAAUAUCAUAUAUUUUGCAUGCAUAUGAUAUUGCUGAAGUGGAGUUACUGUGAUUCAAAAUUUAUGCAUCUGAUAUUUUAGUUUUGUCUUAAAGUGUUGUGAUAAGUAUGUACAAUAAGAAGUUUAUGACUUUUAAUCUA